UCUUAGUAUUCUGGGCUUGUGCAUCAAUGACCGUCGCUGGAACCACCCAAGAACUGUCUGCAACAGUCGGAAACGAAGUUAAUAUAACGUGUCUCUUCGGUGAGGGGACGUUGCGAAAUAUAUAUUGGUACUUCAACAGUACUCUCAAGAUCCUCACCCUUGCUAAGGGUGUCCUGAACGUAGAACCACCAUAUAUAGGUCGGGCAACUCUGCAGAAUGACAAUAACACACUGUCUCUCAAAGACUUAACCAUUGCUGAUGAAGGUUCCUAUCGAUGCGAUGUAGAUCGACAGGGACAACCGGCGGUUCUUCACAUCAUCUCCGAUCUGAAAAUGUUCAGUCUCCGCCCUGGUACCCUACCGGUGGUUUCUCCCUGCACCAUGAUUGGUGAGUCCACGCACUGUACAGCUCAAGCCAAUGAUACAUUCUCUCUAACGUGCACACUAUUCAAUGUGUACCCUGUACAAGACGCGGUCCUUACCUGGUACCAAGAUGGCAAAUCAGUAGCAUCCUCUUUUGGUGAAACCUUGAACAGUGACGUAAUCGCCAAUCUGAGUCUGCGCAUUGAGGUCACCGAAACGAGGAACUUGUCAUGCCAGGCCACAUUUGUCUCUGUUGAUGGAAGGCAGCACACUGCAGUGUCAGUUGAAGCGCUGGUCAUCCCCCUCGCAGAUGAUCCAGAUACACCAAAAGAGAAAAUUGGAGGACCUGCUAUCAUUGGUAUAGUAGGCGCAGUGGUCUUCCCCAUGAUGCUUGUGAUCUACUGUUAUAAAAAACGUCGGUAUCGGAAUUGUCCAUCAUUUAACACCAGGAGGAACAAUGGAAAUCAACGAUAUGUACAAGUUCCAACGGGGGCCACAGCUACGACUUCUGCUGCCAUGGCUCCCACUACUGCUACUGUUGCUUGUACCUCAACUUCCCCGUUAAUUACUACAACUAGUAACGCUUCUACUACUUCUACUUCCCCUUCCACUCCUACUAAUGGUAACGUUACUACUACUUCCCCUUCCAGUUGUACUGUUACUACUGCUUCUGAUGCUUCUGUUUCUAGUUCUCCUACUGCUAUUGCUGUUUCCGUUACUUCUACUCCCCCCUCUACUGCUACUACUGAUUCCGUUACUUCCCCCUCUACUGCUACUACUGCUUCCGCUACUUCUACUUCUACUUCCCCCUCUACUGCUACUACUGCUUCCGUUACUUUUACUUCUACUUCCCCCUCUACUGCCCCCUCUACUGCUACUACUGCUUCCGUUACUUCUACUUCUACUCCCCCCUCUACUGCUACUACUGAUUCCGUUACUUCUACUUCUACUUCCCCCUCUACUGCUACUAUUGAUUCCGUUACUUCUACUUCUACUUCCCCCUCUACUGCUACUACUGAUUCCGUUACUUCUACUUCUACUUCUACUUCCCCUCCUCCUGCUGAUCACGUUUCUGGUGCAACUCACGCUGAAAUAAAGAGGUAAGAUUUAAUUUUAAAUGAAUUUAUUAUAAUAUUAACAUUACUGGCAUAAGACCAAGGCCAGAUUCAAUUAGACCUCGAAAUCGAUGGACACAUUUUCAAUUUAGGAAGUAGGAAGGAAACGGAAAAAACAUUUUUCUUAUGAAGAAUACGCAAUUGUAAUAUGAAGUGCAGAUCCCGAAUUUACCCUAUUUAUUGGUAAGAAACUAAGUUGUCUAUUAUUUUAGCAUUUGCACUAGAUUAUUAAGAAUGCUAACAAUUAUAUAUGUUUACUCCCUCCCCCAAAGCACAGUUAAUUGUACCUCUCUACACACGAAAAAAAUUGGAAUAAAUUGUACACCCCUAGGGGUGCUCAGGCUUGUCCCUAUACGAGUACCCCUAGCGGUGCACACGUACACCCUGAAUAGGGGUGUACAAUGUGCACCCCUAUCUGGGGUGUCUAUCUGCACCUAAGAGGGUGUACACGUCUACUCCUUAGGUUGCAUAAUGUACCCCCUCCUAAAAUAAACAGAUUGUCGAGACUUCCGAUCCAUUCACUUUCUGUAUCGAUUUUUCAGUUAUCUUUAUAGUUACCUUAGUUGGGACUCGAACUCGCCUCGUUUUAUCUGUAGUCAAGAUUCUUCCCACUCUGCCAGCGAGAAUCGCUGAGACCGGACGAGGUCUCUAGCGACAUGAUCCGAUUAUUUUUUACUUGUGCUGAUGGUUGUGAUUCAAGUAGCUCUAUCUACUGUUUGGUGUUAUCAAAUUUGAUUUUGAAACAAUUAUCAUCACAUAAAUAUUAUAUAUUUAACGAAUAAUUUCACUUAGGUAAAGUGUGGCGUUAGUGCAUUGUUAUUUCGGGUAAUCUUCGAUCACAAAUCAACUUUAUCUUUACCAUACGUCUAUCAGCGAGACUGGUGGGGUUCACACAAAGAGUUCAUGGGUGUAAAACAGACAUGUACUCUCACAAAAGAGCUAAUUUGCACCUCGAUGGUAUUGCGAGGUAUACGCACGUAUCGUACACCCCAUUUGCAUCGGGAUUUCUUAGUGUGUACACAUCUUUAAACAAGAGGUACAAAAGAUCCAGCUCCGUUAAUAACGGUGGUUGUUUUUUUUUUACUUGCACGCUGUAAGCAACUUUUCAUCGGAUAAUACACAUACACUUGCACACUGCACUUCACCAGUACGAUAGUACACCAGACGGUGGCCUUUACUGUUUCCAGAAGAAGAAUAAGGAGAUAUAUGAAGCGCUCAAAUGCAUAAUGCGCUAGAUCAAUUUGACAUCAAAUUUGGUUUUUGUCUCAAUUUAUAAACUUUUAGUAAGAGUAUACCAAAUAAAAGUUUGAAUUUCCCAUCAAAAAGUGAAGAAAAGAAAAAAACGCCACUUUUUUCAAAAGGUGUUAGAUCCAUUUCAUUUUGUUGCAAGAGGGGUUAGAUCCACAAAAAAUGACUUUUUGGAAAAGAACAUUAAAAAAAGAUUUGAAGACAGGUAGAUUUCUUUUACAUUCAAUUUUAUGUUCACGUGGUAGGAUGUCAUGCAAAUUUAGUUUCGCAUGAGAAUAUUGCAAUAUGGGAGAAAAAAAAAUAUUUUCUUAGAGUGGAACCCCUUUUGCAAACAAACUCUUCUGAAGAGCUCAUUUCUCAAAAGGGGUUAGAGUUUUUUUUCAUAAUUUUUUAUUUUUUUGUCUCGAAACUUGAAUACUUUUAGUCGCCCUGAUGAUACAAAAGAAAAUUUGAAAUUUCAAUUAAAACGUGAAUAAAAGUGGCAAAAAAAAAAUCACUCUUUUAUUUAAAAAGAUUAGAUUCAGCUCAGUUUGCUUGCAAAAUAUGUUAGAUCCGCACUGGUAAUUCUUUGAAGAAAAAAAUGAAGACAGGUAGAUUUAUUUUAUAGCCAACUUUAUGUACUAUUAUAUAUGUGCCUAGAAGUCCUUCUUCGUGAUCCUUUAAAAUGAUGCCGCAGACAGUCCGACUUCAUUUCGUUUUGCGCUCGUGUUCCUUGGUUCGUUACAUUAGGCCAUGAACCUGGUCCAUGAUUAGGCGAAGUCAUACAGCGGCGAUGAUUUCUUUUGCAUGUGCUGUGCAGGUUCUUCAAGGUUUUCCCUUGUUCCUGUAUAGGUGCCAUGUUCCCGAUAUUUCUACACGUUAGCCUAGAUUUUUUAUAUUUUUUUGCUGGAGGAUCUAUUUCAGGAAACGUUCUCUGAAAACUUAAAGAGUCCUCUGCAGGCUACCUGUCUAAUGAGGGUUGGCCACCAUUUCAAUCUUAAAGAGGAAAUAAGCUUUGGUCAUACACUUUUGUGUCCGAAAGGAGAAAAUAGAUAAAACAGAAUUGUGAAGGUUUGAAGAAUAUGGAUAUGAAUAUUUCAGAUUGGCAAUUCGGUAAGUAAAUCAUGACGAGGGGCAAGACGAACUUUUCUAUAGGAUAUGUACUUUAUUAUCAGUGAUUUGAGGGUUUUCUCAUACUACCCAUUCCCCGGGGCAGUAAUCUAAAUAUAGACCAUGUAGUACACACUAAGAAAUAAAGGUUCAAAAUUGAUCCCCGAAAGGUUGAUGCAAAAUCAGCACCCUAUGGGUUCAAAAAUAGGGGUUCAAUUCAAACUUAGGGGGGGCAGUUUUGAACCUGCAGCGUGUAAAAAUGAACCCCAACCGCAGGGUUCAAUUUUUGAACCCCAAAUCAGGCCCAGGGGUUUAAUUUUUGAACCCAUAGGGUGCUGAUUUUGCAUCAACCUUUCGGGGUUCAAUUUUGAACCUUUAUUUCUUAGUGUGUAUAUUGUUUUAUUUCCUCUUGCGAUAAAAAUAUAAUUUGAAGUCAAACUUUUGAAAAAAAAAAUGUAAUGUUAGCCAUCUGUGUAUUUAGGUACACCGAAGAGUACUCCUUGCCUUACAUUACUAUGACAUCACAUAUGCAGCAAAUUUGAAGCCUCCAUGAGUAUAGUGAUUACCAAUAUUUACAACUUUGAAAAAACAUUCAUACCUUUUUAUUGUUUGUCUGAUAUUUUUCAAAUGUUCACCUAUCAACUUGUCUGAUUUUCUUUUUUCCUCUACAAACAAAAUUAUAUUUUGUUUGGAUUCCCCUUUAAGUUUAACCAUUUUGCAACAUAUGGUACUUGUCUAAAUGGAAAGGCAUUUUUUUUUGCGUUGCAUUCAUUUCCAAAGCUUACAAAUACUCAUUCAAAGUAGACAUUUCAAGAAAAAAAAAUGUUGCCAUCGAUGAAAUUAUUUACAUCAGCCUCUGCCCUAUCAUCAAGUUUUCAAAAACCUUUUUCUUCAUCAUCAAUUAAUUCGGUCAUACAUGACACAUAUGGUAUAAAUAGGGUAUCAAAGGAAAUCUGAGGAGUUAUGUCAUUUUCAAGGAAAAUGAUUUUACAGAUUAAUAUGGGCUUUGAAUAACAGCCCCCAACAUUUCUAUUACAAUUUUGGAAACGCACUGUAUUCUGGUAUAUGAACAUGUAAUCAUACCUAUAGGGAUUAAUGCAUCAGAUCGUUCAGUCCGACUAAACAUGCUCAACAACAAGCUGUAUUACUUCUAGAAACAUGACUUAUUGACUAUAUACGUGGUUUGAUGCAAGAGAAUAGGCUCAUGCUGAAUGAAUCUGAUAAGACAUGUUUCCAAGCCGAUUUCUCAUGUUUUGACCAUCUAAUCUGUAUAAACAAAAUGGCUGCCAAAUUGGCGAUUUAGAGUCUUAUUUCUACAAUAUAUACACACAAAAAAGUAAGUCCCCCCUAAAUCAAACGAGUGGAAUGCCUCUGGCGGUCUCAUCUGCAUCACACGAUUCAAUAUAGCAGCAGUGCUGAUUUUGAAAACUACUAUAACUCGCACAAGAUGUUCAGUGAUACUUGGAUACUCUUAUUUCCACGUUUUAUGAACUAGACCAAUACACUUACAGAGAUAUGAUGGUAAUUCAACAGAUACCCCCAACAUGGCCAAAGUUCAUUGACCUUACAUGACCUUUGACCUUGAUCAUGUGACCUGAAACUAGCACAGGAUGUUCAGUGACACUUGAUUACUCUUAUGUCCAAGUUUUAUGAUAUAGACCAACACACUUUCAAAGUUAUGAUGGUAAUUCAACAAAUACCCCAACAUGGCCAAAGUUCAUUGACCUUACAUGACCUUUGACCUUGAUCAUGUGACCUGAAACUAGCACAGGAUGUUCAGUGACACUUGAUUACUCUUAUGUCCAAGUUUCAUGAAUCAGAUCCAUAAACUAUCAAAGUUAUGAUGGUAAUUCAACAGAUACCCCCAAUUCGGCCAAAGUUCAUUGACCCUAAAUGACCUUUGAUCUUGGUCAUGUGACGUGAAACUCAUACAGGAUGUUUAGUGAUACUUGAUUAACCUUAUGUAUAAGUUUCAUGAACUAGGUUCAUAUAUUUUUUAAGUUAUGAUGACAUUUCUCAAACUUAACCUCAGGUUAAGAUUUUGAUGUUGAUUCCCCCAACAUGGUCUAAGUUCAUUGACUCUAAAUGACCUUUGAUCUUGAUCAUGUGACAUGAAACUCAGGCAGGAAUUUUAGUAAUACUUGAUGAACCUUAUGGCCAAGUUUCAUGAACUAGGUCUAUUUACUUUCUAAGUUAUGAUGUCAUUUCAAAAACUUAACCUCAGGUUAAGAUUUGGUGUUGACGCCGCCGCCGCCGGAAAAGCGGCGCCUAUAGUCUUACUCUGCUAUGCAGGUGAGACAAUUAAUUUAACUUUUGAACGGAAUUAUUUUGAGCUAUGAUAUUUCUUAGGUGGUUUUUUACACUCAUUAAGCAACUCCCGGAAAAAAUGAGAUUGAUCGGAUGAGUCAUGCAUGAGUAAUUAACGAUUGAAUAAAAAUGACCAUUUUUG